AUGUCAGAACGCAAAGUUUUAAAUAAAUACUUUCCUCCAGAUUUCGAUCCUGCUAUUCCUCGAAGGAAACAAGCCAAAGAUGCACAACAUAAGGUCCGAUUAAUGACACCUUAUGCUAUGAGAUGUGAAACUUGUGGUGAAUAUAUUUAUAAAGGCAAAAAAUUCAAUGCACGUAAAGAAACAGUUGAAGGGGAAACGUAUUAUAGCAUAAAAAUAUUUCGAUUUUAUAUAAAAUGUCCUCGAUGUUCAGCAGAAAUUACCUUUAAAACCGAUCCCCAAAGUACGGAUUAUAUAGCGGAACAUGGAGCAUCACGAAAUUUUGAACCCUGGAGAGAAGAAAAAUUAGCGGGAGAGGAAUCUAAACUACAAAAAGAAUUAGAAGAAGAAAAUAAUCCCAUGAAAGCAUUAGAAAAUCGUACGAUAGAUUCCAAAAGAGAAAUGGAUAUUUUAGAUGCAUUAGAUGAAAUUAGAACGAGAAAUGCUAGAAAUGAAAGAAUUAAUUCAGAUGUAAUAUUAGAUAAAUUAGUGGAAUCGGAUCAAAUAAAUGAAGAUUUGAUUCAAGAAGGAGAAGAACGAGAAGAUGAAUUAUUGGCAAAAGCGAUUUUUCAUAAUAUGGAUGGAGAUAUGAUUAAAAGAAUUAAAGAGGAAGAACAACCAACCAAUUGGGAAUUAUAA